AUGAUAGUAAGAUGGAUUUUUUUUGGAAGUGUAGCUGCUGUGCUUGAGAAGGACAUGCUUGGAUAUGUCAACAAGUUUCGGGCGAGGCAUAAGAUGGAGGAGUUACACGAGCUGUCUUCUUUGCACGAUGCAGCGAAGAUGCAGGCGACACACAUGUGCACAAGAGGGGUUUUGACGCAUGAAGGGCCUGAUGGGGAUGGAAAGACGCUUGCAGGCAGGCUGAAGAGGUUUAAGUUUGUUGGGCUGAAUGUUGGAGAAAACAUUGCAAAGCAAGAGGACGAUGACUAUACAGAGGUAGCAAAGCUGUGGAUGGAUUCUGAAGAGCACAGAAACAACAUUCUUGGAGAUUAUGCAUACUCAGGAAUUGCCACGUGUGUUGGCAAGGAUGGCAACAGAUACUGGGUGCAUGUGUUUGGCAAGGAUGUCAGCAAUGCUGAGAUUGCAAAGAUGCGAAUCAGAAGUGAGGCUGCAUAUACCAAUCGGCCUGAUGAAGAGGGCCGAAGCAAUCGCAUCGGUGAUGAUGACGGCAUAGACAGCGCAAGAUAUAGACAAGCAAGUGAUGGCAAGCGAGUGGAAAGCACCCAGGCUGGUGAUGAAGGAUACCUGAUGGUUAUCAAGCCCAUAGAUUGUAAGGACGACCAAGAAUUUGGCACUGAGUAUAUUUCGAUAAAAGAUAUGCAUGCAGAGCAAGAAAGAAUGCAAGAUAAAGUUGGGGAAGGGCCAUUGCACAGAAGCACACAGGGUGGAGAAUGGAAUGACAAUGCAAGACUGAUUGGAUGGAAUGCAUCGCACUACAAUAGGCAGGCACCUGGUGCAGCAGCAAGCACAAAAGCGGCAAGAGAUAGAAUAAAGCAGGCAAAGCGUAAGCAGUUGAGCUUUGGAGACUACCUGAUUCCUGAAAGCAAUGAUGAAGAGCAAUCUAAGAUAGAGGGAAUGCCAAAAGACAGUGAAAAGCACAAGCUAGGCAAUAGGCAUAACAGAGAUGCCAACAACCAAAAUGCAGAUGCAGAUAAAGGCAGACCAAAAACAAUUCGGUUGCACACAUCGACGGGAUCUGUUGUUACGCUUCUGUUCAAGAAUCCGGAAGGCUCAACAAUGGCUCCAGCAAUACAAUCGCUGAUUCAGCUCAUCAAGCAAGCAGAUGAAGGCGAUAGCCUGACAGAUAGAAAGCAAAGCUCACUGUAUAAUCCAACCGAUGUGCAGCAUCAGCACAGCAAGGGCAUUGGAGAUGGCAGGGAGCAUCUGCCACAAGUGCCUAUGAUUGAUCGCAAAAGCUUGCCUGAUGAAGAGCCGGCGAUGCAGAAAAGCCCAUGGAAUACGGACUUGCCAUUUGAGCACACACUAACAGUUACAACAACAAAGUCGGAGCCUACAUCAACUACAACGGUAUACUUGCCUCAGCAUUGGGAUGAAGCCACAACGAUGUCUCCAAGCAAAAGAGCAAGCCUAAGCCUGCCGGAGCAAAGAGCAUAUGAACGAGAUCUAAACGACGACGAAGGAUGGAGGGAUGCAGACAAAAAGCAAACCAGCACGAAUAAUGCGAAUACUAAUGGAAAUAAAGGCAAUAAGCUGAUUAGACCGACAGUAAUGCUAAGCACAGACAGGAUAGCAAGCACACAAGCAGGCAGUGGAGUAAGAGAUAACCAUGCCAAAGGAAAGGACGGCAAUCGCAGGUGCAUUGAUGGAUACAAUAAAGACGGAUCGUGCAUAAUACCAAAGGAGAUUGAGUAUAAUCAAGACAAACUGAACAAUAUGCUGGAUGACUUGGUAAAGAAGGGCAGAGUCCAUCUACAUAUUGUACCUGAUGAGCAAUGUGUGCAUGGAGAGUGCCAAAAAGAAGACAAUGCCAAUCAUGGAGGGCUUAGUGAUGCGAUACACAGUAAAGUAGAUAUUGGACUUCCGUUUUCGGAUAGGCUUUAG